CUCGUCGGGUAGAUACUGUGUUAAGGUGGCUUAGAGAGGUCGUGGUGUAUUCACAUCAGUUCUUUUCAGACAUACAACUUGUUAUCCAGGGAAUUCUGUGCCGAAUAGGGACUUCUGUGUGAUACAAAUAAGAACACAAUACAACCUAGGUUUUCAAUCAUAGAGUCACUGACGAGCGUAGAAGCAGUGACGUGCUGUGUAAAGCAGCAAGACCACUUAGAACAAGCACGGUCGACAGCGCCCACCUCUACACAGCGUGAGGUGUAUAUGUGCCCAGUAGACAACCCUUCCUCCUGCCAAGAUGGCUCGCCUGUUCUUCCUACUGGUGGCACUAAGCCUAGCUGCUUUUGCUUUGGCACGGGAAGAAAGAUUGAACGAAGUGAAUCGUCAUCUUCUGGAAUUAUUGAAGCGCUUAGAAGGCCGUCAAAUCGAGAAACCUGUGGAAAAAAUAUCAGCAUCCAACGGUGAGAGGGAGGUAAACCUUACAGGGAGUCGUGACGUAAUUGUCAAGCAGAGUUCCGCUCUCCCGGGUUGGCGGCUAUGGCUAGUUGCUGAUAAAGCAGUAGAUGGACGGUACAGUGACUCCAAUUUCCUCGGUGAAGAUGGGAAAGAGUACGGUGGAAGUUGCACUAUAACAAAUUCCCAAAAAAAUCCUUACUGGCGUGCUCACUUCAGAGAAGAAAUCUGCAUCAGCAAAGUCAGCAUUUUGAACCGUGGCGACGGCUUCAGCGAGAGAAUGACAGAUGCAGUGGUCCAAUUUGGCUACAGUCCAUAUCGCAAAUUGAAUGCAAACCCUACCUGUGGAUCACCAGUGACCGCUGAACAAGCUGCAGUGCCUGGAGGGACAAUUGAAGUUGAAUGCAGUGAACCGAUGGGAGGGAGGUUUCUCACGAUCGGCAUCCCAGCCGACAAUGCUACUUUACAGUUGUGUGAAAUUCGAGUUUGGGCGAUACCAAUGGACCAGUGUCCUGACGAGAUAAAGGCUGAGACGGAAUUAGACGUCGAACGCACUUCAGUGGGGCAGUCGUCCAUUGUCGGAAAUGAAUAUUCUUCACGUGCUGCUCUCAAAGUUAGAGAUGGCCAAUACAAUAAUAGCAAUCUUCUCGGUGAAGGAGGAGAAAUGUAUGGUGGAAGCUGCACGAUAACAAAAGCUCAGAAGGAUCCCUAUUGGGGUAUGAUGUCUUUCAAGGAAUACUGCUUCAGCAAGGUCUGGAUUUUAAAUCGUGGAGACGGAUUCAGUGAGAGAUUGACAGGUGCAGUGGUCAGGAUUGGCUCAGAAAAGUCCACUGACUUGAAUAAUAACACCGCCUGUGGAUCGCCAGUGACCGCUGAACAAGCUGCAGUACCAGGAGGAACGAUUGAAGUUGAGUGUAGCCACCCAAUCAAGGGCUUUCUUACAAUCAUUGGCAUUCCUGCUGAUAACGCUACUUUGCAGCUUUGUGAGGUUCGAGCUUGGGUGGUUCCUAUGGCACAGUGCUCUCCAGAUUUUGAGGAGUGUAGCAGUGAUCCGUGUCAGAAUGGUGCUACAUGUGUGGAUGGAAUCAAUAAAUUUUCCUGCACAUGUGCUGCUGGUUUCACUGGACCUCUCUGCGAAUCUGAUAUUGACGAGUGUAGCAGUGAUCCUUGUCAGAAUGGGGCUACAUGUGUGGAUGGUAUCAAUGAAUUUUCCUGCUCUUGUGCUGCUGGUUUCCUUGGAACUCUCUGUGCAGAUGAUGUCGACGAAUGCGGUAGUGAUCCUUGCCUGAACGGUGCUACUUGCGUCGAUGGUGUUAAUGAAGUUUCGUGUACCUGUGCUGCAGGAUAUUUAGGAGUUGUUUGCGAGAUUGAUACCAACGAGUGUGUCAGUAAUCCAUGCCAGAAUGGUGCCACCUGCGUUGAUGGCAUCAACAAAGUCUCGUGCAAGUGCCUUGAAGGCUUCACUAGAUCUGUCUGCGAAACUGCUGUUAGAAAGAUGGAUGGAUGCACCACAAAUCCAUGCAAGAAUGGCAUUUGUAUUGCCUACGGUGUCGAUGGCGUCAAGUGCGCAUGCGCCCCGGGUUACCAAGGCACAAUCUGUGAGAUCAAUAUUGACGAGUGUUCCAGCAAUCCAUGCCAGAAUGAUGCCAAGUGUGUGGACGGUAUUAACAAGGUGUCGUGCAUCUGCGCGUCGGGCUUUUCUGGAGAGCUUUGCCAAAUUGAACAAGCCGAUGGACUGCCUGAUAAUUUACCUCAGCUGCCCCAAGGUUUCUCUCUGGCAGGCACUAAAGUUGAAACACAAACAUCCUACAUGCAAGUGAACCUUAUCACCGAGUACUGCAUCAAGAAAGUCAUCGUUCAUAAGAGUGGGGAUUGCACCAGCAACCGUCUGACUGGUGCUGUAGUCCGUGGUGGGACCAGCUCUACCAGUCUGAACAACAGCGUAUGCGGCACUCCCCUGACCGCCCAACAAGUUGAAAUUCGUAGGUCUACCGUAGACUUCGUCUGUGACCCUCCCAUGACAGCCAAGUUUGUCACCGUGGACAUCCCACUGUUGAGAGUCAGUCAAAAACCGCUGUGUGAAGUGACAAUUGAGCAGGCAACGCCUGGACCGUGCUAGAAUUCAACUAGUCUGACAAACAUGAGUGUAGUUAAAACGUUAGAGGCCCUUUCAUUUCUGGUAGCCUACCAGUCUUCAAAAAAAAAAACCAAAUGCUGUGAUUCCAAAUGGUUGUAUUGCCUGAUUUGUCCUUUUAUUGAAUUAUUUCUUUUGUUAAUUUGCUUUUAUUUUGCAUGCUCAUAACCAUUUACACACUCAGUAUUAAAUAUAUUUACUAGACCACUGUACAGUGGGCUUUCCCAGUAUUAUUCUUACGCAUCGGUGUACGGCGAAAUUGCAGAUUACACAUUUAGUAUUAAAUGUAUUUACUAGACUGGUUAGAUUAACUAGAUAGUUAAUCAACUACUAACUCGAACUACUGACUUACGUAUCGUUAAAUGUCCUGCUCUACUAAUUCUUGAAUCAACGUUUAGUCUAGUUUUGAUUUUUGUUAUUUACGUGAGUGACAAAAUAUAGUCAGUAAAAGAUACACCUGUUUGUGUUUCCCUGGAUUGAUAAUUGUUCCACUGUGCAGUGGGCUUUCUCUGUAUUAUUUUUACGCAUCGGUGAACGGUGAAAUUGCAAAAAGAAAUUUAGCUGCAGCUACCACACCAGGUAGCCGUCCGCAAGGAAAAGAACAUCUUUUGUAAUGUCAAGGAUGCAACGAGCUGAUAAACUGGUACGAGGAGAAUGGUAACGUUUGAUGUGUGACUUUAACCAAACUAGCAUAAUUUCUGACAUAUGUGUCGGUCCUAUUGUUUCAUGUCUAAUUACUGUGUUAUAAUACCUUAUUCCAUUAAAAAUAUUAGCAGCAUGAUCAAUCA